AUUCAGCAACAACAACAUCAAUCGAUUGUUGAUGUAAAUAAUAACAGCAGCAUGAUUCAUCCAUCGAAACCAAACGACAACGAAUAAUAACAUGGAAGUUUUUACAAUUCGUUCAGAUGAUUUUCUAUUGAAAAAUUAUAAUCAUCAAAAUAACAAUAAUUCAUCAUCAUCAUUAAUAACAUCGAUGCAAGCUAGUCAAAUUAGUGAGAAACGUGUCAAACCAACAACAAAAACAACAACCACAACAGCUUUAUUUGAUAAUGGACAUUCGUUACGAAAAAUGCUGCCCGUAUUUCAUUUGAAUUUAUUCGCUUCUACUGCUGGAAAUUUAACAACAAAAUCCACUGCGACAACAGCAACAAAUGAUGCAUUGAUAACAUCUAGUUCGAAUCCAUUGCCAUCAUCAUCCGCAUCAUCAACGAUUAAAUCAUUGAUAAAAGAAUCAAUAAAUUAUGUGCUACCACCACCACCAUCAAGUGAUCAAAAUCAUCAACAACAAUGUGAUCCAAAACUUAAUUGUCGACUGCCAAAAUGUUUUUGUCCAGAUGUUAAACCACCUUCUGGUUUGAAACGUAAAGAAAUACCACAAAUGAUUCUGUUGACAUUUGAUGAUGCUGUUAAUGAUGUAAAUUUUCCUCUAUAUCAAGAGAUAUUCGAACGGCAAACAAAACGUACAAAUCCAAAUGGUUGUCCAAUGAAGGGUACAUUUUUUGUUUCACAUGAAUGGACUGAUUAUGGUAAAGUACAAACAUUGUAUGCACGUGGACAUGAAAUUGCAUCGCAUUCGAUAACACAUAGCUAUGGUGAAAAUUUCUCGACAAAACAAUGGUAUCGUGAAAUUGCUGGACAACGUGAAAUAUUACAUCGUUUUGCCGGCAUACCACGACAUGAAAUUCGUGGUAUGCGUGCACCAUUCCUACAGAUUGGUGGUGAUGAACAAUUUCAAAUGUUAAUGGAUGCAAAUAUGACAUACGAUUCGUCCAUUUCGAUUUUCGAUAAUGCACCACCAUAUUGGCCAUAUACACUGGAUUUCGGUAUACAACAUGAUUGCAUGAUAACACCAUGUCCAACACGUUCAUAUCCAGGUCUAUGGGAAAUUGGUUUAAUAAUGUGGCAUGAUUUAAUGGGCGGUGGCCGUUGUACAAUGGGUAAUAGUUGUACAUCACCUACAGAUGAAAAAGGUGUAUUCGAUUUGAUUAUGACAAAUUUUAAAAGACAUUAUGAAACAAAUCGUGCACCAUUUGGUCUUUUCUAUCAAAGUAAUUGGUUCACCACUGCACAUCAUAAAGCAGGUUUUUUACGUUUCAUUGAUGAAGUCCUAAAAUUGGGUGAUGUUUAUUUCGUCACAAAUUGGCAACUAUUACAAUGGAUAAAAAAUCCAAUCAAUCUGGAUCGUAUCGAUCAAUUUGAACCAUGGCAAUGUCGAGCAAUGAAUCAUCAAAACAACAAAAUAAAACAACAACAACAACAACAACAAAUGCCGGAAUGUCUUGUACCAAAUAUUUGUCAUGUACGAUUUAAAAAAGGAGAAAAAAUUGGCUCUAGAUUCUUUAAAACAUGUCAAAAAUGUCCAAAUGAUUAUCCUUGGAUCGAUAAUAUUGAUCAAUUGAUGAUGGCAUCAUGAUGAUCGUUGAUUCAUAUAUAUUGUAAUCUGUACAAAAUUUGU